UAGUGGCCCUAAAAGUUGACUUUUUGUUCGGGUCAAAAUUUGGGAAAAUGUUCUUCAUGGAAGUCGUAGAGGACGUUAAACCGAGCGCGUGUAUAUGUGGUGCGUAAAAAUCGGAGUUCGUAUGUGAAAGUUAUAAGUGAAAAUGUGAAUUUACUGUUCAUGGUAACUCUCUAUAUAUAAGGAAACUUACCGAGGUAAGUUCCCAUUUCAGAACUUACCCUGACUCUCUCUCUCUCUCCUCUUCCUCUUCCCCGCGUCGCCCUCCCUUUUUCUUUUUCCGAUUUCUUCACCGUCCGGCGUCCGAUUGAUGUGAUUCCAGUUGUCCUUGGACCGUCUCUUCCUCCUCUAUACGAUGGUAUCAGUGGGUAUCGGUGAUUUGGCCGGAAAACCCCGAAUUUAUGCAAUCAUCGUUACUGUAGCAAUUUGCUUCUCCGGUGAAAUUCUCCAGUUUUCGGCUAUCUCCGGCGGGAAAAUUGGUUCUAUUAGGAGCGCCUCGAGACACUGAUCAUCUUCCCUCAAGACUUCUAGCUGAAAUUUCCACGUUUGGAAGGUGAAUUUGAAGGAUUUCCAAAUUGGUGGGUUUGGAGAUUUUCGGGUUUGUGUUCAUCGGCAAAAUUGGAGCACUUCAAGGAUGUCGUACCGAGCCCUGGCUCGAUGAAGGAACUCGUAUACGUGAUCGUCGGAAUAGUACUUGUGCAGGAGAAAUUAGUUGAGGUCGGGCGUACAUGGAGUCGAGGCAUAGUCAACAGUAUGGCUUCCGCGAUUGCCUUGAAUUAGGUUUUCCUCAUUUACCUUUCUAUUAGAAUUGCUCUGAUUACCUGCGGAAUUAAGGUUAUUAAGUCGAGAUUUGUGUGUUGUGAUUUUGGUUGAUGUUGUUUGGGGGAGCAGGGUGGCUCCAGGAGAAUAAGGAUGGGUGAUUUAGAAGUGUAAAUUCUCUUUCUACAGGUUUUGGGUUGUCCACUUUAGGGGAAGUUCUGCCUAAUUUUUGGCAAAAUUUCUUCUCAAGUGGGCCCCGCAGGUCCACUUCGGAUUUCAGGGUGAAAUUCGGGGCGGGUCCUGUCAGGACCUGCCGACAGAUCUGCCGAGCAUCUGUCUAGCAUCUGCCGAGCAGCUGCCUAGCAUCUGCCGACAACUUUCCGGCAAGUUUCCGACAACUUUCCGGCAAGUUUCCGACGACUUUUCCGGCCACUUUCCGGACACUUUUCCGGUCACUUUCCGGACACUUUUCCGGUCACUUUCCGGACACUUUUCCGGUCACUUUCCGGACACUUUUCCGGCCACUUUCCGACAACUUUCCGGCCACUUUUCCGGCGACUUUCCGGACAAAUUUUCCGGCGACACUAUUUCGAGGAUGUCGAAUGAACCUAGACUCGACUUUCCAAUGCUUGACUCAACAGGCUCGGAAUACCAUGGCUGGAAAACCGACGUUGAGAACCAUCUCACAUCGAAAGGGAUAUUGCCCAUCAUACAGGCACCAAUUGCGGGCCUUGUGUUCCAACGAACAUCCAUAAAGCAUGCACAAGCAAUUAUCUUGAUGCGACGCCAUAUGGACAAAGCACUCAGAUUAGAGUAUAUGUCCAUCAAAGAUGCAAGGGACCUAUGGGCAGCGCUAGAAGAGCGCUUUGGUAAUAUCCAAGAUUCCCUCCUCCCUGACUUGAAGGUUCAGUGGAACAAUAUACGCUUCUCAGACUUCAAGUCUGUUGCUGAAUACAAUUCAGAAGCUCUUCGCCUAAAGGCCAUGCUUAAGUUCUGUGAAAAACCUCUCACAGAAGAAGAGCUAAUUGAGAAAACUCUCUCCACCUUCCCCGUCCAAGCAAUUAUACUAUCAAAGCAGCAUCGCACUGAAUUUAAUGCUGGACGACUUACAAGGUUCAAUGAGCUCAUCAAUAUUUUAUCGGUAGCUGAGAAGCACGACAACAUCCUUGUAAAGAAUUAUAAUUCAAGGCCCAUUGGAACUAAGAGCGUUCGUGAGGCGAAUUAUAAUGCACCCAAAAAAGGGCGCAUGGAGCGGUACCCUAACAAUAUGGGACAAGAAGGACGAAUGAGUCCAUAUAACCGCCCCAACAAAGAAGACAGCUGCAACUAUAGUGCGGGCACACGUGGUGGUAACUACACACGUGGGAUAGGUGGAUAUAACAACACCAUGGGCCGUAACACUGUGGGCCGUGGAGGUCGCACCAUACGCCGUGGUAGUAGCAGCAACCCUCCUAGGGAAUAUCCACAAUGUGGACAACCUACACCUCAAAUGAAGGGAGGCAACCACAAUGACAGGUGUCAUCGGUGUGGAUCAAUUGAGCAUUGGUUCAAGCAAUGCCAUGCAAGUACCCAACUAGCUUCAAGCUACAAGGAGUAUAGGCAAUUGAGAGAGCAAGAAACCAAUCUUGCUGAAGAUGAAGAUAUAAAUCUUGCCGAAGGUAAAGAUAUCAAUCUUGCUGAAGAUGAAGAUGGUGAAGAUAUCACUCUCACCACUGAGGACUUCAAAGCUGCAGAUAAAGAGCACGAGGGUGCCGCAGACUUUGAUUAGAAUAGUCCUUUCUAUUUUCCAAGAAUGGCAAAUGUGCCUUAGUCAAAUGACAAUUGUAUUAAAACUUUUUCUCAUGUGGCGCAUCCAAUGUAGUAUGAUGUCUAGGAAAGUAAUUGAGAUCGGGGUACUUAAGCGAGCCUCGCUCCACCAACAUCUCUCUACUUUCCUGGUCAUAUUUCAUUGGAGUUACCAAACGGAUUGAGUAACUACAAUUUGUCUAAAGUUUGAUUUUAUUAUGGAAUAGACUUUGGAAAACUUUGAUGUAAUCAUUGGCUAUUUUCCUUAUUAAUAAAGUAUCGCAUUAUUAUUCAAUGUCA